GGAAAGAGACAAGGUGAAGAAGAAUGUAAGAAAACGGAGAGGAGGGGGUCAGCAGAAAACUUGCUAAGGAAAACCAGGAAAAAAAAAAUAAUAGAGGGCAGGUAAAAAGGGGAAAGAGUGAGGGACAGGUGGAGCAUCCGAAUGGAAAAAAGGCUGGGCGGGAGUUACUGAGCCACACAGCCCGGACGCCCGGGGUUUAGGAGACAGUGGGCAGCAGGUACCUGGGAUACCCAUGUCAGGGGAGUCGGGGCUGUGCGGGAAGCCUAAGCGCCGUUCUGGGACAUCCGGACGAGGAACCCACGCGGACGCUGGCGUGCAGAGGACACACACUCUUACCGGUAGUUUGGGGCUGACCUCGCCCUUGCAAAAGUGGCAGAAAAACCGGUGCGCGGCAACAGCGGCGCCUGCGCCGGCCCCGGCCGCCGAGGCCUCCGCCAUUUUUCUCUCCCGGCGCCGCCGUCCGAGAGGGCAGCCGGCCCGUCGCUCCCCAGGCCGCUACCUCCCGGCUACAAGAGACGCCUCUGCCUCCGCCGCCGCCGCUUCUUCAGCGCAGCUGGCCGCUCCAGAGUCCGCGCGGGUCACGUGAGCCCGCCCGGCCCACAAGGCGUCGGCGAGGACGGCGACCCCACGGCCCGCCUCCCGGCACCAAAGAGCUACAGGAAGGAGAGUCCGUCCGGCGCUGCCCUCCCGCCGGCUCCUCUAACACCCCUCGCCGGUCCUCCAACCUCCCAGCGAGAAGGAAGCAAGAGCGUCCCCGGAAACCACCGAAACGCUGGGGUAGAGCGGCACACGUUUUUCCUCUUUGCUGACCCUCCUCGUUGGCCGGGCUCCUGCGCAAAAGGGCCUUGGGGUGCCUUCUGCUCGAGCCGCUGGCUGGAGCCGCACGAGGUCGGCGGCGGCUUUAGAUUGCAUUGACCCAGAGGUCUGAGACUUCUCAGUACAAUGACUCAAGCAGAAAUUAAACUGUGUUCUUUAUUGCUGCAAGAGCAUUUUGGAGAGAUUGUAGAAAAAAUUGGAGUCCACCUAAUCAGAACUGGCAGCCAGCCACUAAGAGUUAUUGCCCAUGACACAAGAACAUCGCUGGAUCAGGUUAAAAAAGCCCUUUGUGUCCUCAUCCAGCAUAACCUGGUGAUAUAUCAAGUGCACAAACGUGGUGUGGUGGAGUAUGAAGCCCAGUGCAGCCGGGUGUUGCGAAUGCUUAGGUAUCCCCGGUACAUCUAUACUGCCAAAACGCUGUACAGUGACACUGGAGAGCUGAUUGUUGAGGAGCUGCUGUUGAACGGCAAAAUGACAAUGUCAGCUGUUGUGAAGAAAGUAGCAGAUCGGCUCACAGAGACUAUGGAGGAUGGCAAGACCAUGGACUAUGCUGAGGUAUCGAACACAUUUGUGCGACUAGCAGACACACACUUCGUGCAGCGUUGCCCCUUGGUGCCUGCCACUGAGAAUUCAGACCCUGGGCCAUUGCCACCUGCCCCUAAUCUUGUCAUCAAUGAAAAGGACAUGUACCUGGUUCCUAAACUGAGCUUGAUAGGGAAAGGUAAAAGGAGGAGGUCAUCUGACGAAGAUGCUACUGGGGAACCCAAGGCCAAGAGACCAAAACAUGCCACAGAUAACAAAGAGCCCAGCCCAGAUGAUGGGAUUUAUUGGCAGGCCAAUCUUGACAGAUUCCACCAGCACUUCCGUGACCAAGCCAUUGUCAGUGCAGUUGCCAACAGGAUGGACCAGACCAGCAGCGAGAUUGUGCGGACCAUGCUCCGGAUGAGUGAGAUCACCACUUCCUCUAGUGCCCCCUUCACUCAGCCGUUGUCUUCCAAUGAGAUCUUCAGAUCCCUCCCUGUUGGCUAUAACAUCUCUAAGCAAGUUCUUGAUCAGUAUCUCACUCUGCUGGCAGAUGAUCCACUAGAGUUUGUUGGAAAGUCUGGCGACAGUGGUGGAGGAAUGUAUGUCAUUAACCUACAUAAGGCUUUAGGAUCCCUGGCCACAGCCACUCUGGAGUCUGUCGUGCAGGAGAGAUUUGGAUCACGCUGUGCCAGAAUCUUCCGUCUAGUUUUGCAAAAGAAACACCUGGAGCAGAAGCAGGUAGAAGACUUUGCAAUGAUUCCAGCAAAGGAGGCAAAGGAUAUGCUUUAUAAGAUGCUCUCAGAAAAUUUCAUGUCACUUCAGGAGAUUCCCAAAACACCAGACCAUGCCCCAUCGAGGACCUUCUAUUUAUAUACUGUUAACAUCCUGUCAGCUGCCCGAAUGUUGCUGCACAAGUGCUAUAAGAGUGUAGCCAACUUAAUAGAAAGGAGGCAGUUUGAAACCAAAGAAAACAAGCGUCUACUAGAAAAGUCUCAGAGGGUAGAAGCCAUCAUUACAUCAAUGCAGGCUACAGGUGCAGAGGAGGACCAGCUACAAGAAAUAGAGGAGAUGAUCACAGCCCCUGAACGCCAGCAGCUAGAGACCCUGAAACGCAAUGUCAGCAAGUUGGAUGCCUGUGAGAUCCAGGUGGAUGAAACCAUCUUCCUGCUAGAAUCAUACAUCGAGAGCACCAUGAAGAGACAAUAACCCAGAAGAAAAGUCUUCCUCAAAAGAUCUGAAGAGUUUGGAAGGAGAAAUAAAGGAGGUGCCUAGAUGCAUUCUUUGCAAUGGAUAAGUCGCAGAGUCUUAUACUGUAACCCCAUCUCUAUCCCUACCACCCAGAAUACAGGAAGAGUUUGACAUCUUU